GCGCGGGUGCCCGGAUGCGGGCGCGGGCCGCGCUAUAAAGGGCGCGGGGAAGGCGGGAGCCGGCGCAGUUUGAAUCGCGGCGGCGGCGAGUGGGCGGCCGCGUCGUUGCGUCCCGCAGCCGUUACCGAGCCGAGCGUGACUGCGCGGGAGCGAGAUGGCCGGCGGCAAGGCAGGCAAGGACUCGGGCAAGGCCAAGACAAAGGCGGUGUCGCGCUCGCAGCGCGCCGGCCUGCAGUUCCCCGUCGGCCGCAUCCACCGGCACCUCAAGUCGCGGACCACGAGCCACGGGCGCGUGGGCGCCACGGCCGCCGUGUACAGCGCGGCCAUCCUGGAGUACCUCACGGCCGAGGUACUGGAGCUGGCGGGAAACGCCUCCAAGGACCUCAAGGUGAAGCGCAUCACGCCGCGCCACCUGCAGCUGGCCAUCCGCGGCGACGAGGAGCUGGACUCGCUCAUCAAGGCGACGAUCGCGGGCGGCGGUGUCAUCCCGCACAUCCACAAGUCCCUGAUCGGGAAGAAGGGACAACAGAAGACGGUGUAGAGGCCGCCGGGCCCGCGCUCUCUCAGGACUCUAAGUACUCGAACAGCUGUCCAGUGUCGGUGAUCCCAGUGGACUGUAUCUCUGUGAAAAAAACACGAUUUUGCCUUUUUGUAAUUCUCCUUGAGCAAGUUGGGAGUCCAGUUAGCGCCCCAACCCACCAAAUUUCUGCAUUCGAGUCUUAACCAUAUUUAAGUGUUACUGUGGCUUCAGAGAAGCUAUCGAUUCCGGAGUAGUGGGCUUGGGUCGAGUUCCCCGUUUUUAGAGAACUGUCGGUUUUAAUUGUGAUGCAGAAGUUAGAGUAACAAGCAUUUGGUUUUGUACAGACGUUCCUUC